GUUAUUGAUGAAUUUUCUUUCCUACGCACUUCCGCAUUUGUUGCAGUCAAAACAGGAGUGUUUCUGUUUGUUGUUAAAAUAUAAAUUUAAAAACAGUUCUUCGUAUUGGAUUAAUAAAUCUAGCAAGAUGACUGUGUUGACCAAGCCGAGUCUUACUAUUAAGAAAAUCCCGUUAAUAGAAGACAGCCAUUGUGAUGGGGAAAUCAUCGAGAUGCAGCCGGCAGGGCCUCGCAAGCGUCACCAUAGCUUGGGAGCUAUCCUCUGCAUGGGCAUAACGGUGUUCCUCCUAGUUCUUAUGGGAGUCAUCACAGCUCUGCAGAUUUACGAACAAGUUAACUCUGAUGUGACCCAGCGUAACCGUAUACAGGGCUUCUGCUCCAUUCCUCUGAACGGGGACAUGGAAAUGAUGGAGUCCCACAGGAUGCCACUUCACUGGAAGACUGCCAAUCUUGGGACCACCAUUCAAGUGGUGAGCGUGACGGAGGACGACGAUCCGGACCACUUGAUGGACAUGCUGCGGGAGGUGUUCGACAUCGACAUCGAGCAGUCAGUCGAGAAGAUAUCCGUCUUCAACAACGGCCACCCCGUCAGCUUCCUGCAUGACUUCGAGGCUAAUAUCACCGGUAUCGUGGACUCGAACCGCUGCUUCAUGAUGGACAUGGACCCGGGCGUGGUGGUGUCCCCGGGCGAGCUGGCGGCGGGGCUGGCGGCGGGCGCGGACUUCGACGUCAGCCGCGUGCGCACGCCGCUGCGCGCGCUGCUGCCGCCGCGCCCCGCGCCCCGACACCUCGCGCAGCUCUGCACCGACAAACCCAUCUACCCGCUCACCAGGGAUGUGGCUGUUGUCAUUCGCAAGCGGGCAGCUGAUGCCCCCCCUCACGAUUACAUGCACUUUGCCGGCAACGGCGUGCAGGAGAUAGAGAUCAGUAACCUCGCCGAGCUCCUGCAGUACGAGCAGGACAACAAGCGCACUGACUAGGGACACGGGGGACCCUACGCUACACGGAGCAUGUAGCUCGUGGAGCGACACCUGUUCUGUGUCACCUGUCACCCGUCACUUGUCAUCUGUCACCUGUCACCUGUCAUCAGUUCACGUUAGUACUCCAUCUACUAUCUACUCCACGCUAGAGAAAUAUUCACGUGGAUGUAGAAUUUACUUAUAUACAACUUUAUAUAAUUAAUUUGGUCAGUUUAAUUUUAAUUAGUUUUUUCUUAUUUGAAUAUUGUAAUGUAAUAAUAUUUAGAAACAGUAUUUUUAGUUUAAUAAUUUGUGAUAUUGUAUUUCCCUUCUGAAAACUGAAACUGAAAUGUUGCGCACAUUGAGUGGAAAGGUUGUGUCCAUCGGAAUUUUAAUAUUUGACUGACGACAGAAAAUAAGAGCAAACUUAAAGUUUUACUUCAAGAUGGCUCUAAUAUGUAUGCCGCUAGUCAAACACUGGCAUUUAUUAAUUAUCAUGGAGAAAAUUAAAAGGAAGGGAAAAGAAAAUCUAUUUAGUUUUUAAUGAAAGCACAUCAUAAAGUGAUAUUUGACUUAAAUAGAGUUCUUAGUAACUUUCGACACCUUGGUUUAGUCGAUUUCAAAAGUUAUAUUAUCAUAGUUUUAAUUUUAGUUAAUUCUGAUAAAUAUUUGAUGCUGUUCAAGAAUAUUAUAUGUGUAAGGUUAUAGAUAUAGGAACAUUAUACCUAAUAAGAAUAGAAAUUAUAAUUGUGUAGGGCACGUCGUAUCUUGCGAUAAGCACAGAUUAAAUAUACCUACAUUUUACGUUAAGAUCUCAUGUUUUGGUUCCAUUCCAAAGAAAUAUGUUUGUAAAACAAUGUUACUGUUUUACUAGUUUCGUUAUAAUGAUUGAAAAUGUUAUGCAUUAAAGUAUGAAAUGUUUUAUUUUAUAGUUUUAAGUUUACUCCGCUUGUACUCAUCUAGGUGAUUUAUGACAAAAUAAAAUGUUUAAAAAUUA